AUGGAGGACGAUUUCACAGGAGUUUUCCUGUCCGAUCGAUACGUAAACUAUCGCCCGGUUAGCAAAGAGCUAACCCCGGAGGAGGCGACAUUUUUGAGAGCGCUGAACAUCCAGCAGCGCGUUUCCGAGAACUGCCUCGUUCGUGCAUCGGUUAUCGGGGUCAGCAGUGCUGUGCUAGGAUCGCUCGUCGGGGCGUUCUUCUUCACCUUUCAGGCAGGCAGCGUCGCCCACGAAGUGCCUUCCGACAAAAGUGCGGGUAUUCGGAGCCAACUUGCCGCGCAGUACAAGCAGUUCCUGCCGGCAGUGAAGUCAUCGGCGCGCAACUUCGCCAAACUGGGUUUUAUAUACUCCUUGUUCGAGUGUGCCAUCCAGAAACGCCGCGCCAAGUCCGACAUUAGUAAUGCCAUCUACGCCGGCUGCGCUUCCGGCGCCUUUUUAGGACUAAAGAGUGGGCCGCUUGCAAGUGCUGGUGGUUGCAUCGGAUUUGCCGCUUUCUCCGGCUUGAUUGAGAAGUACCAGCAAUCGCAUCGCUAA